GGUGGUCGCGCCAACAACCAGCGCAGUCACCAAGUCCGAGCCCAUGACCACCGACGCUUGUCACGUCAUGACAAAGUCGCAAGACGACGCCGGCAUGAGCGCAUUGCAGCCAGCGCCGAUCAUGACGCCAGCUUCGAGGUACCGCGGCCUGCGCAGCACCGGCGCGACCUGCUACCUCAACAGCCUGCUCCAAACGCUCUUCCUGACGCCCGAGCUGCGCACGCGGCUGUACCAGUCGACAUCCUCAGCGAACCAAGACGGAAUUUUGAGGGAACUCCAGCUCCUCUUUGCGCGGCUCCAACUACGAGCCGACCGCAAGGCCAUCGAUACGACCUCGCUCACGCGUAGCUUUGGCUGGACGUCAACGGACGCUCUGCAGCAACACGACGUGCACGAGCUGUACCACGUAUUCUUGGAUGCGCUCGACGCCUCUCUUCAAGGCGUGCCGGACAAGAGCCUCGUUAAAGACCUCUACCAAGGUACGCUCAAAGACUCUGUGCAAUGCGUGACGUGUGGCCACGAGAGCAGCCACCUCGACAGCUUUCUCGAUCUCUCACUCGGUGUUCCAUCCACACCGACAAGCGUCGAAGAGGCCAUCGCGACCUUCCUCGCACCCGAGCGUCUCGUCGAGGACAACCAAAGGAUCUGCGACCUCUGCGGCACCAAGCAAAACGCCAUCAAGCAGCUGUCGCUGGCGCAACUCCCCCCUAUUAUCACGCUCCAACUCAAGCGCUUUGCGUGGGACCAUGGCACAUCGAAGCUUACGAGCUGUGUGUCGUUUCCCAAGUACCUCGACAUGAACCCGCAUCAUCCCUCAACGUCCAGCGAUCCCACGAUUCCUUCCACGACCGCACAAGAAGCAGAAACAAAAGACACGUGGGACCCGGACUUUGACGUGAGCACCAUGAUGGCCCAAGGCCAUUUCGUCUACGAGAUCGUCUCGGUGCUCGUGCACUCGGGCUCUGCGGACGCCGGUCACUACGUCGCGUACAUCCAGUCACUGGACGACGACCGUCGCUGGCUCUGCUUCAACGACGUCUCUGUCUCGGCCAUUUCCGAGGCUCAAUUGCGCACUGCGUAUGGCCUUCAAUCCCCUGACCCCGGCUACUACGAGGCAACGCGCGCACCGUGUGCCUACCUGCUGCAGUACCGCCAGGUCGACGCCUCUCGCAAGAUCCAGUGUCCUGCCGAGGUCCCCUCUUGGCUCGUCGACCUUGUGCACGCCGAGAUGCAACGCGAAGAGAUGGCGCGGGACGCCCGCCGCAUCGCAGAGGUCAAGAGAAAGGCCGACCUCGCAAACUUGCUCGAGCUCAAGAUCUUCUACGACAACAGUCACAAAAUGAUACACGUCUCGAAGAACGCUACGCUCGCCGACGUGACGGCUGAGGCCGUCGCGCUUUUUGAGCUACAUAUCUCGAUCGACUGUGCUCGGCUGCGGGCCUACUCUGAGUACAUGGCGUUGCCGCGGGAGACGUACAACGAACGCGAACACUGCUUGCUGGUCGAGCUGUCGAUCGACUCGGUAUGCAGCUUGUAUCUCGAGGUCCGACCGAUCACCAAUCAAGCGUGGACGGUAUAUGACCCGACGGCAUUGACACUGCGCAUUCGUCAGUACGUCCCAUCAACGGAUGCGAUACCCGAGCACUUUACAGAGCCGCCCAAGCUUGUGCAGAUCCCAGGUGACGCGCGACUCGUCGACUUGCUCUCGCUGCUCAGCGCCAAGCUCAAGAUGGACCGCAACCAAAUGCGGCUGCUGACGAUGCGCACGUCGGGCUACUGGUCCAUUUCGACGACAGUUCUCAACCCGACCAACGACGAGACGACGCUGCAGCAGACGCUUUGCGGCAAUUUGAUGUUUCGUGAUGGCUACAGCAUCUACGUCGAAGCCGUCGACGAUCUGGCGUCAUCGCCGUCGCUUGCCAAGGAGCUCUUUGUAGCCCGCGCCCAUUCGAUCACCCUUCAAGUCAAGACGAAGGAGCCAACGCUCCUGCGCGCCAAAACCGUCGAAGGUGACACGAUGAGCUGGUCGUUCACCGUCGACCGCCGACAACCGCUUCAGGAGCUCAAGGAUCAACUCUGCACGUUUUUCGAGCUGCGACCCGAGACCUUCAAGCUGCGUCGCGCAAAGGAGAAUGGAGGCGAGCUGAAGCACCUCGAUAUGGCGUUCAAGAACUUGAGCCUCUUGAACCAAUCGACGGUGUGGGUCGAGCUCGGGGCUCCGCUGCGUGCUGGUGAGUUUAGAGUCAACAUCCAGCUCCACACGCUCAACCGCAUCGAGACGACGACGUCGUCGGUCGUGCUGCUGCCGUUGAACCGCGUCGACGAGCUUGUAUUCUGCGCUACACUCGUCGUCUCAGCUACGAUGCUUGUGAGCGAGAUGAAGACCAGCAUCCUCACCGUGCUUCAGCGCACACACCCUAGCGCCGAGCACCUUCGGCUCCGCGACGUUUCUUCCCGCCGCCUCCAGCACGUCUUGUCCGACGAUGGCACACUUGGUGACGCCUCACCGAUAUCACUGUACGAGAACCGGUCGUUUGCCGUCCAGAUACUAGAGUCGCCCGAGACGCUUGGCGCCGCCCACACGCUUUUCUCGGCCGUGCUCUUUGACCGAGCGCAUCUCACAUUUGGCCGCGAGAUGGAGCUAGUGUUUCCGACGCUGUCGCCUGGCUCGCACUGGAUGGACCUGCUUUUGCUCGAAAUUCAAAAUGUCUUUGGGAUCCCACUCGACGCAGUGCUCCUCGCCAAGCCACUGCAGAUGACAGCAUCAGACGUGACCGAGAUGCCGCAGCUUUCAUGGAUCGACCGCGACCACGGACGUCGCAUCGACCGUAUCGCGUCGCUGGCGUUGUGUGGCGAUCGACUUGUCAUCGCGGAUGCCCGUGUGCCAAGCAAGGAGCUCUCAACCAACGAGCUGCUCGAUCUGCAACGACGAAUUGACCUUGAGGUUGACACCAACAACACCUGCUUGGUCCGUGUCGGCUGGUCGACCAACACCGUCGAGAUGUCCUUGAUCGAGUCGACGCAGCUUGUGCCCGAAACGACGACAGCGCUCAAACUUCGUAGCUCGAAAUGUUAACGUAUCAGACUGCUGUCGUCACAAGGUAGUACGACAAGAGUCCGCAGUUGGAUUAUGUACUCUUGCAAUUCUGCACUUUACUA